AUGACGGUGGCGGAGGCGGAGCAGGCAGCGGCGGCAGAGGGCUGCACCGCGACGGCGGAGGAGGGAGCGCUGCUUUACGCGCGCGAGCUGGGAACGGAGGCGUCCGCAGCAGCGGCGGCAGGGGCGGCGGCCGAGUCUAUGACGGCGGCGGAGGCGGAGCAGGCAGCGACGGCAGAGGGCUUGACACUGGUGCGCUCGUCGCGCUCCAGCACCGGGUUCGAAGGCGUGUACGCAAGGUCGAAGGGGAGCGGCUUUAGGGUGAUGCGCAAGCUUGAUGGUAGAACGCAGUACAUUGGCUGCACCGCGACGGCGGAGGAGGGAGCGCUGCUGUACGCGCGCAAGCUGGGAACGGAGGCGUCCGCAGCAGCGGCGGCAGCGGCGGCAGGGGCGGCGGCAGCGGCGGCAGGGGCGGCGGCCGAGUCUAUGACGGCGGCGGAGGCGGAGCAGGCAGCGACGGCAGAGGGCUUAACACUGGUGCGCUCGUCGCGCUCCAGAAGCGGGUUCGAAAACGUGUGCGCAAUCUCGAAAGGCAACGGCUUUGCGGUGAGCCGCUGGGUUGAUGGGAGAAAGCAGCAUAUUGGCUGCACCGCGACGGCGGAGGAGGGUGCGCUGCUUUACGCGCGCAAGCUGGGAACGGAGGCGUCCGCAGCAGCGGCGGCAGCGGCGGCGGCCGAGUCUAUGACGGCGGCGGAGGCGGAGCAGGCAGCGACGGCAGAGGGUUUGACACUGGUGCGCUCGUCGCGCUCCAGCACCGGGUUCGAAGGCGUGUACGCAACGUCGAAGGGGAGAGGCUUUAAGGUGAAGCGCAGGGUUGAUGGUAGAACGCAGUACAUUGGCUGCACCGCGACGGCGGAGGAGGGAGCGCUGCUGUACGCGCGCAAGCUGGGAACAGAGGCGUCCGCAGCAGCGGCGGCAGGGGCGGCGGCCGAGCCUAUGACGGCGGCGGAGGCGGAGCAGGCAGCGGCGGCAGAGGGCUUAACACUGGUGCGCUCGUCGCGCGCCAGCACCGGGUUCGAAGGCGUGUACGCAAACUCGAAACGCAUCGGCUUUGCGGUGAGCCGCAGGGUUGAUGGUAGAAUGCAGUACAUUGGCUGCACCGCGACGGCGGAGGAGGGUGCGCUGCUGUACGCGCGCGAGCUGGGAACGGAGGCGUCCGCAGCAGCGGCGGCAGCGGCGGCGGCCGAGUCUAUGACGGCGGCAGAGGCGGAGCAGGCAGCGACGGCAGAGGGUUUGACACUGGUGCGCUCGUCGCGCUCCAGCACCGGGUUCGAAGGCGUGUACGCAAAGUCGAAACGCAUCGGCUUUGCGGAGGGUGCGCUGCUGUACGCGCGCCAUUUUGGCGCGGAGGCAUCGGCUGCGACCGAUGCAGCGGAGGACGAGUACGCGGGACGCCAGGCGGUCGAGAUGUCGAAUGCAGCCGUAGAAGGGAGUAGAGAGGCACAACCAGCGACGGCGUCAAGGACGCGGCCCAGGCACAAGCUCAUCCACGGACGGCGCGUGCAGCGGCUGAUGGGUCUGCCCGCCGAGAUACACGCCCUCGUGCUCGAGCACCUCGCAGCCAGCGCACCGCCGGCCAGCUUCGUGGCGUGCGCCGCCGCCUGCGCUGCGCUCUUGGAGGUGUACAUGCGGCACCGCGCUCAGCUCUGGUGCUCUGCGCUCAGCCGCCGGGUUCGCCUCCAGGGUGCCCUGCCCGGUGUUCAGCGCGACUGGCAGGCACUCUACCGCGCAUUACUCGGCGGGCGCGACGGGCUCGAGGCCAAGGGGUGGGCGGACGACAACAAGCUCGACAAUGCGGACGAGAUGCGCCACGCGUGGUGGCAGGCCGACGCGCUGGCGUUCAGCGCCGCCAACGGGCUGGUGCUCGUGCGCUAUCGCGGGUACGAGGACGAGGGUGAAGACGAGUGGAGGCCACUCACGCAGCUGCGCCCUUACGAGGAGCGGCCCUCCGCAUUGUGGCGCUCGACGAAGCGGACCAAGGGUGAGGCGGUGGAGGUGGCAUGGGCGCCGCCAGACCACCCCACUGCUAGGUGGGAAGCCAAGGUGAUCGCGGUCCGCGCACGCAAGGCGAAGGACCGCCCCGGCGCGGCGGCGGCGGCCCUCUUCUCACCGCUGUGUUGUACACCAUACGUGGCUGGGUUCACAGCGAUUGUAAAAAAAAACAACAAGAUCGUCGCGGACGACGGCUCCGUCGACUACAAGGGGAUCGAGCAGGUCUCGGGGCGCCACUUCCAGCACGUCGCCAACAACGCCCUGCAGCAAGACAUGUUCGACGCCAUCGUCAACGACCCGAAGGUACACCUGGCGACGCGAGCGCACUUCCGCUCGACGAAGCAACUCGGGGCAGGCGCGGUGCUCGGCAUCGACGUCGUCCACAAGGACGUCGAGCUGAACGACAAGGCGUGGCUCCACGAGGCGCAGGGCUACCUCAACCACCCCAAGGGCGCCAUCACCCUCGCCACGCGCUGCGUCGGCGUGGGCCCUAACUCGGUGUGCAUCUACCACCGUACGAGGCUCCCGGGGUGCGUCCCGUGCGACAUCGGCGAGGCGCGAGUGCCGCGCACGCUGUCGCUAUUCGAGCACCUCAGCGGCACGCACUGGGACGGAUGCAACUACGGCGGCUGGUUGGCCACGGGGCACGCAUCCCUCAACACUCACGUCACGAACGUCGCACGCGCCUUCGGCGCCUCGGCAAAGGUCAUGGAGGUGAGGCUCGGCUGCAGGGACCCGACGCGGGCGCACGAUCCGGACACCAACCCGUACCAGCGGGGCGACGGCGUCUUCGGCAACUAUGCAGA